CUCAGUGAUACCUCUUGCUGUUUCUGUUGUACUUUUUACCAACUGAUCAUCGUGACUUUUUUUUUAAGAUUUGUUUUUUACUUUAUGUGUGAGUAUUUUGCCUACAUGUCUGAACGCCGUGUGCGUGUAGUACCAUCAAAGGUCAGAAGAGGUAGUGUGAUGAAACUGGGGUCUCAGGUAGUUGUGGGCCAUCAUGUGGGUACUGGAAACUGACCACUGAGCCAUCUCUCCAGCUCUUCUUCAUGACUUCUUAGACUGUACUUCAAAUGUCUUAUUCGGUCAGACAGAAGGUGAGUCAAUGCUCCUCCUUAUAAAGUGAAAAUUCUUACAGUUUCUUACAAAACUAAAGUUAAACUCCGGGGCUUAAGUUAAAAUGUAUAGUUGCAUAUAAGAAAGCAUCACGAACUUGAGCGCUGAGCUCAAUGAGAGAGGCGGGGUACAAAUGGAAGCACAUCAGAGAUUCGUACAGUUCAUUUGCUGGCCAAGCUCCUGGGUAGACUCUAAGUGACUCAGUGGAGAGGGGGAGCUGUACACACUGCAUAACACUGUGCUCUGGUGCCUGUAAGUUACUAGUGCACUUUCUAGAAUCACCUCAUCCAGAACACAAGGCUUAGUUAGGAUUCUGUGACAGAAAAGACAUUUAAUUAUCUGAGAUAGAGUCAAGUUUCAACCUGGUGAAUAGAUGUCCUAACCAGAUCACUGAGCUAAAGCCUCUGUGGCUGCUGGAGUGGAGAUGUGAACUUGGGUGGGCUUGUUGCACCUUUGCAGCAGAUGAAGAGUAGAGUGGAAAUCGAGCUGUUGUCCAUCCUUCCCUCCCAGGACCUCGGCUGCCUGGAUUGCCAGGAGCUGGAAGUUGACAUUGAAUCCAGGCUGAGGAUGGAAGGUGUGGAGCUGAAGGAAGAAUGGCAGGAUGAAGAUUUUCCAAUACCUUUACCAGAAGAUGACAGUAUUGAAGCAGACAUACUGGAUGUAACUGGUCCAGACAGCCAACCUGGCUCAUUAGAAGUUAAUGGAAAUAAAGUACGUAAGAAACUAAUGGCCCCAGACAUCAGCCUGACCCUGGAUCCUAGUGAAGGCUCUGUGUGGUCGGAUGAUUUGGACGAAGGCGGGGAAGUUGAUCUGGAAGGCUUAGACACCCCAUCAGAGAACAGUGAUGAAUUUGAGUGGGAAGAUGAUCUUCCCAAACCCAAAACUACUGAAGUCAUUAGGAAAGGCUCAAUUACUGAAUACACAGCCACAGAAGAAAAAGAAGAUGGACGCCGCUGGCGCAUGUUCAGAAUUGGAGAACAGGACCACAGGGUGGAUAUGAAGGCAAUCGAACCCUACAAAAAGGUUAUUAGCCAUGGAGGCUAUUACGGGGAUGGUUUAAAUGCCAUUGUUGUGUUUGCUGUCUGUUUUAUGCCUGAAAGUGGCCAGCCUAACUAUAGAUAUCUGAUGGACAAUCUCUUUAAAUAUGUCAUUGGCACUUUAGAGCUGUUGGUAGCAGAGAACUACAUGAUCAUUUACUUAAACGGUGCGACAACUCGAAGGAAAAUGCCCAGUCUGGGAUGGCUGAGGAGAUGCUACCAGCAGAUUGACAGACGAUUACGGAAAAACCUGAAGUCUCUAAUCAUUGUCCACCCUUCUUGGUUUAUCCGAACACUUCUGGCUGUGACAAGACCGUUUAUCAGUUCAAAAUUCAGUCAGAAAAUUAGAUACGUCUUUAAUUUGGCGGAACUGGCGGAGCUCGUCCCCAUGGAGUAUGUUGGCAUACCGGAGUGCAUCAAACAGUAUGAAGAAGAAAAGUUUAAAGAGACAAAAAAGAAUUGAUCAAGAGCUUAAUGGCAAACAGGAACCACCAAACAGUGAGCAGUAGGUCAGCGUCCUGCCGGAUGAGACAAAGAGCGCCAGGGAGGUGGCGGGGCUCUUGUGCUCAGUGUGCAUUCAUGGCUCGAGUUUUUACAUAAUCUGUUACAAAAUUUACUUGACUCCUUUCCAAGUGGACUCUUGUACAAGGGACUGUUCACUGCUGUAAUGGUUGGCAAUUCUUGAAUUUAGCUCUUUAAUGACUAAUUAUAUUGUAAUCAUUUUAUAUUGCUAAAUAGCAGAGAACUACACUUUAUAUAAAGCAAUUUUUGCAUUUGUUUAUUUGAAUGAUGCAUCUUCAGUAAAAUAUUUAUAUACAUAAAUGACAAAGGAAAGAAAUAAUAUAUAUUUUUUAUGUUGGGGGCAAUAUUUUUUAGUGUGUACCUAUCUCAUGGAAGAAUAUACACACACUUUUAAAUGUAAAGUGCAUGUAAGACUUGUUUUUGUAAAUGGUUGGACACAUUUCCUGGGUAACUUAGGCUGAGUUGUCCUCAAGCAAGGACAGUUAAGCUGACACGGAGUACCCAGGGUCGUGCACAUGAUCUAGUCAGUAGUAGCAGCCCAAGCUUCUCACUGGAAAGCACACUGCUUCUUAAUGUGGUGGAAGAGCCUGCAAGUGAAUGGCUCGCUUUCCUCUCUAAAGACGUGUUAGAACCAGAACCAGAGAUUUUGAGAAGCUGGUAGUUAGGGUUUGUAUAUAUGUAUAUAAGGGACAUUUUAUUUUACCCAAAGUCAGAACUGUUAAAAAAAGAGAGAGAGAAAGGAAGGAAGGAAGCUCUUAAGAUGUGUUCACUAAUGUGAAGUGAGCUGUGUCCGUGUGUGUGUGUGAAGCAGUGAGGUGUUUCAGAGCUGUGGUGAGUGUUCAGUCAGCUGCAUCUGGAGAGCAGAUGGGCUGGUAGUGAAAUGCUCCCGCGGGGCACUUUACCAGAGUACUUCCUCCUCAGUUAUUGUCACAGUGCUGUUUGACCUAAGCAGAUAGGUGUCCACAUAGCUGUUGGAUGGCAUGACAGUGCUUGCUAUACAUGGGUGAUUCUGUAAGUGUUGGAGCACCGCUGGUCUGCGCUCAGGAUGACAUUUAUUGUACAUAUGUCAUGUGGUUAAGUGCUUUGACUGAACAUUGAAAUAAAAUUUAUUUGUGCCUCCAUACAGGGUUUAAUUACCUACAAAAUCAUUCUAAACAACUUCUAGUCUUGUGUCAUGAACUUGCCUGGCAUAUACAUACUUAGUUUAUGUAUCAGCUUCAUACCAUGCAGCCCUUCCUGUAAGCUGUUUACAAGAGUGACCUAGCAAAGCAGAAUUGAAUCAGGUGUGAUCUAAACUUAGAAGAUUAUUCCCUCCCAUACUGAACACCUGACCUUCACUAGUGUCAGGUUUUAGUGUUACACUUCUAUUGCAAAAGGGAACUUUUCUUUAUUUCUUUGUCCUUUGCAGGCAUAAAUUUGACCUGCUAAGUUAAAACCAGUUACGGUCAAGCUGGAGGACUGGGUAGAACAUCCUCACAACCUCCCAGCUUGGAUCCAGCUCUCCACGCAGAUCCUGUAUUAGUGUCAUUGCAGUAAAUUGAGCCAAACCCAUUUUAUUUGUGUCGGUGAAGGAAACUUUAGGGGUACUGUGUAGAGCCAGGCGUGGUGGCAUCCCUCGUUAAUCCCAGCCCUUAGGAAGCAGAGGUCGACAGAGCUCAGAGUUUAAAGCCAGCCUGGGCUAUAGAGCUCUGUAGAUCCUUCUGAACUUAGCCCAAGAAUCACGAGGAGCUUGUAGAAGGUCUCAUCUGUCUCAACUCAGAGUAGACUGAGCUUUGUCUUUGCUUUGCCACAUUAAGUGCUUGGAUCUUCAGUUUCAAAAUACAGACAGUGGCUACAGCUUUUUGUUGUGUUUCCUUUUUUCAGAAGUGAUUUUUUUUUUUUUUUUUUUUUGUAAAUUUUUAAAAAGAAGUAGCCCAUAUUCAGUUAGAACAUUUAAGUUCAAGAGGGACUGGAGAGCUGGCUCAGUGAUGGAAAGAACACUUCCAGGUUUAGUUCCCAACACCCAUAGCAGGCAGUUCAUGCCUACCUGUAACUCCAGCUGGUGGGAUUCGAUGCACUCACUCGGCACCUGCAUACCAUGGUCACACACACACACACACACACACACACACACACACACACACACACACACACGUACACAAAACUCAAUCUUUUUAAAAUGAAUAAAAUUCAGAAGGGACAGCCAAGUAUCAUGGCACAUGCCUUGAAUCCCAGCACUAGAGUCUGAGACAGGAGAGUCUAAGUUUGAGGUCCAUCUAGGCUACAUAGCAAGCCCUCAACUCAAGGAAUAAAAGGGAACAGUGCUAACACUUGAAUUAUGGGGAAAACUGCUUUAACCUGCACUCGAAUGGCAUGGGGUGCAGGGAUGCGCCCACCCUAAAUGUAAAUGCCUGUGAGACUGGGUUGCUAACUAGUCUGCUAGAGGAAGAGCCAUAGUCAGUUGAUUUUUAAUUGGUAACAAUAGAACAUCUUCCUGCUUCAUUGUAUUCUAAUCUCCAUUACUAAUUGAGGUGCAAGUGCAUAGAGUAAUUCUUUGACUUUGUGCUGGGGUCAUGGAUAAACUUAACAGGUUUAAUUUAUGUUUUUAUUACCAUCUUUGUUGCACUUUGGCUCCGAUUGCUCCUUUUUUAUCCAAAGUUUUUCUUAGAAGAUAAUGUAAUUCUGUGUUCAGCUUGAUUGUGUGCCUGAAAAAGCACCAAGGGAAGCUGUGAUGUCCCUGCAUAUUGAAGCCUUUAACUCGAGGAGGCAAGAGGUGUGCUGAGCAGAGUUAGAAGAUAAAAUGAGAAAAGGGCCAUUAUAAACAAAGACUUGGUUAUUAGCUACAUGCCACCGAAAGUGUCCCUCUUAAGGGAAGUACUCUGUAUGGCAGCGGGUGGUUCCAUUUCCUGUACCCACAAGGAAAAGUAGAGGUCACAGAAGGUGUGGCUUGAAAAGGAAACUGCUGAUGGCACUUGUGAUGACAAUCUUGUUCUUUCUUCAGAUAGAAGUGGGUCUGAACGGUGGCAGAGUAGCUACAGGGUCCAAGUUGAGACGCUUACUGCCUUCCACAGUUGGUAAACAUUAAUGUUGGCUUCUGUGCCAAGUGUCACAAUUUAGUGUCACCAGCUCCUUGACAGUAUUCUUCCAGAGGACUUACGUCACAUCACUGCAGCCAUUCAUGUGAGUGCUCAGGGAAUUUGAAGAGGCAAUCUCACGUAGAAGUGUUCGUUCUUUGCAGUGAACUAUUCAGUUGAGAAUUCGCACUAGGAUACUUUAGUAGAGCAGGCCAGUUUCCUGAUAGAAUUGGUAGAUCUGUAUGAGAGGAAGCAUUGGCCUUCCUUUUCCUGUGUUAUAAGUAGAAAAUUGUUGCCAAGUGGUGGUGGUGGUGGUGGUGGUGGUGGUGGUGCAGGCCUUAAAUGCCAGCAGAGGAGGCAGAGGCAGGCAGAUCUCUGAGUUCAAGACCAGCCUGGUCCUCGGAGCAAGUUCCAGGGCUACACAGAAAAACCCUGUCUCAAAAAGACCAAAAAGGGGGGCAGUUGGGGGUAGAAAAUUGUUACCAGUGUUAAAUGAGAUUUGCAGAGACCGUUGACUGCGGAGGUGGCCACCCCAUCUGCUUUAGUUUUGUCCUCUGUGUCUCCCUCCACUCGCCCCCUGGCCCCCGUUUUAUUUAGAUAUUUCAGAAAUGGAUCUAUCAAAUCUCAGAGGGCUGAAAUAGGAGGAGUCUGAACACUUCCAGGCUGAUACUCGUGCUAGUGAGUUUAUCUUGUCCUAGGGGAUGGGGAUUGUGUAGUGGGGUUGCUGAGACCACGAAGAACUGGGGCAGCAGCAGCAGCAGGGCACUGUCUGCCCAGUGUUCUAAGCUAGUACUAAAUGACCGGUCGGAGGAGCCCUUCACUUUCAGCUCCCCUUCUGAGAUUCUCAGUGAAUUCAGAAUCAGGUCGGCAGAAGCCAAAUAAUGGAGCUUUAAAGUCCUGAACAGUAACAGAAACAAAACAGUAUGGAAUAGUAAGGGAUGACUACCAUUUGAAUAGGACAUUUUAUUGCAAUUAUAAAUAAUAUGUAAUGCUUGUGGAACCAAAUUUAAAAUGCUAUGAAAAGCUCACAUGCAGCACUUGAAAUCAAGUACUAGAUGAGUUUUCAGGCCAAGCUUGAUGGCAUGUGCCUAUGAGGCCGGUACUCUGGAGGCUAAGCAGGGAGGAUUGGGAGUUUGGGGCCAGCCUGGAUUACUUAGCAAGUUCCAGGACAACCUGGUGGGUGUACACAGUGAGACCUGCCCUGGGGAUAGGAUGGGGUGGGGUGGAGUAACAUUUAGUGUGUUCAAAUUAGUAAAAACUGAUACUAAGGUAUUUGCUUCAGAUAGCUGUCUAAAAGACUCCUACAGUAGUUUAAAACUUUGGGAUUUGAAGUUUUUAUGUAUUUGUAUAUCCAGUUUGACAAGAACUUGAUAACUGUCAGCUAUUCCAUUGGACCUUUGUAUACAGAAUUGCAAAAGGUUAAUGUCCUCCUGAGAACUGCUUCAUAUUUCCUUACAGAAACCUAACUAGUAAAUAUUGACGUUCAGGGCUGCUGGCUUUCACAGCCUUGGGGUGCUGUUCACACACACACACACACACACACACACACACACACACACAAAAAAAAAAAAAAAUUCAGAGUUCAUCAGACACUAUUGCACUUUGAUUUAUACUUCAAAAGUAUUUUUAUAACAAGCUCACAUGCUGUCAUUUAGACAAAGUUAACUCGCUGUGACCUUUUUUGCUGUUCUUAGAUUGUAUUUAACUAGACUAGUACUGUCAUUUCAGUGAGAAUUCAGUUUGAUUGUCUGCAGGAUACAGGUUGUAGUUCUAGUCAGUGAGCAGCCCCUGAUCAGCAAAAUGUGCUGUUUUCUCUUCUUUUGACUUGUUAUGAAUAGAGUGGUGUGUCCUAAUUUGUUGCACGUAUUACUACAACAUUAAUGCAUUUUAAUAAACUAGUUGGAAUAUA